AUGAGCAGCCGUAUUCAUUCCAUUUCAGACUUGAAAUUCAUCAAACCACCAACUCUAUAUUCCUGGUUAACUAAGAACGCCUCGCCUCACGGAUCCUUAGCCGUAAUUGACGUUCGAGAAUCGGACUAUGUAGGUGGUCACAUCAAAGGAAGUUGGCACUAUCCAGCAGGAGACUUCUACAACCAUUUGCCAGAGAUAUAUGACAAGAUAUACGCCAACAAGAUCCACGAUGUCGUGUUCCACUGUAUGUUGUCACAAGCCAGAGGCCCUUCCGCAAGUUUGAAAUUUUUGCGGUCCAUUGACGACAUUGUUGACUCGAAAGUGAAACAGUACUUGGAGGAUGAGGUUCAUGUAUAUGUAUUGAAAGGUGGGUUUAAUCGAUGGCAAGGCGAGUAUGGUAAGGAUGCAAGUGUUACCGACGGAUAUAAUGCUGAACUAUGGGAUGUGGGAUUGUAA